AGGUGCCAGCGCGGCUGCUGAUGUGGCAGAUAAGCUUGCCAAUUUGGACAUUGAAGGUUUGAUGCGCGGGUUGGGGAGAGGGGCAGGAGCAGCAGAUAGGCGGGCAGCAGCAAGCGAGGCUGCAGCUGCCGAGAGAAAGGCCGCGCCACUUCGGGCAGCCAAGUGCGGCAUGGAGGGCAGUGGGGAUUCGGUGAGUGCUUUGCAACAUUCCAGGUCAGCCGGUGUUGUUUCCAGCUCAGCAUCCGCAGGCUCCAGGUCAGCCAUAGGUGGCCGUCAUGGGUCUGAGAUGGCAUGUGAGGAGAGGAGGAGAGCGAGCAGGGAAGCACCCAGGGAUGCCAGCCGGAGGGUGGAGGAAUGGCUCAGACUGGUGGACGGUGGGAGAGCAAGAAGCAGCGAGGAAACAACGGAUGGCGUGAAUGGGAAGGUGCCGCCUAUGGCAGGGGCGUCGACGGGCAGCACGGUGCUGCAGCCGUUGCCCCCCACAGCUGCACUGCAUCGUGGCCACGUGCUGCGCUGCUCGUCCGUGCCACGAGCAGGAGUGCCGAUGCCAGCACGAGCUGCAAGAGCCGCGGGCGACGGCGCUUGGCAUGUGGGGCAGUGCCGAGUGCUGCAGACAAGGUGGAGGCGUGGGUGCAUGGCCACGGUGGUGCUGCUGCAGUGCAACCUGCUCUCACAUGCUGACUGGUGACUCACAUGCUGACUGGUGACUCACAUGCUGACUGGUGACUCACAUGCUGACUGGUGACUCACCGACAACUGAUCACUGACUUGCUGACUGCUAACUGCUGUGCUACCUGAUUCACUGGCAUGGCGCAUUGGCUAACUGGACACAUGCGCAGUGACUACCACAUAGCAUAGGAACCGUUCUAGUGUCUGUCUGUAGGCUGACUCCUUGCUCAUAGCUGACACGCCCCGCUUUCAAACAGUCCUGCUCUUAAAUGAAGAACUAGAUGUCUGGCCUGUGUUUUAAUUGGUGUUCAAGUUUACUAUUAGCUACCUG